AAAUAAAAAAAAAAAUUUAUUUAGUGAUUGAUGAUAUGUGUAUGUAUGUAGGUAUCAGAGGCGCCGGCUUAUUCAUGGCUCGCAACAUGACAUUUGAAAAUACAGCUGGGCCUGCUAGAAAACAAGCUGUUGCACUCCGUGCUGCCUCCGAUUUCUCUGUUUUCUACAAUUGUAGCUUCAAAGGUUAUCAAGACACCUUGUAUGUCUACUCCCAACGCCAGUUUUAUCGAAACUGUGACAUAUAUGGGACAAUAGACUUCAUAUUCGGUGAUGCCUCGGUUGUUUUCCAAGACUGCAACAUCUACGUGCGCAGACCCUUGAUUAACCAGGACAAUACCAUCACAGCACAAGGAAGAACUGAGCAAAAUCAAACUACAGGGAUAGUCAUCCAUUCCUCCCGUAUUAUGGCUGCACCUGAUUUGAAACCUGUGCAGGAAUUAUUCAAGACUUACUUAGGUCGCCCGUGGAAGAUUUAUUCAAGGACUGUUAUCAUGAAGAGUGAAUUAGAUGAUUUGGUUGAUCCUCAAGGUUGGAAGAAGUGGAAUGGAACCUUUGGUUUAAGCACUCUGUACUAUGGAGAGUAUAUGAAUACUGGCGUUGGUGCAAAUACUAGCAACAGAGUGAAGUGGCCUGGAUAUCAUGUUAUAAGCAGUGUUGCAGAGGCCACAAAUUUCACAGUUGAAAACUUUUUGCAUGGACGUUCUUGGCUUCCGGCCACCCAGGUAGCAUUGGGUAAGGACCUUACCCAUACCAAACUCCUUCCCCACGGGGAAGAGAGUGAUGACAGUGAAGCUAGCCUAUGAGCAUGCAUAUUAGAGUUCCUCUGUUCAUGUGCCCCUCAACAAGAAGGGUACACAACAAUAACCUGGAAUUAAUACUUUGAUUUGUUUGUAUAGAGCCCAGGAAGAGGUCAUCCUGAA